GCGUGCCACCCGGGAGGAGAGACGUGCCGGCAUAUGCGCGCAUGGGAGCUCUCCACGGCAUGGGCUGCAACACCAGCAAGGACGCCGUCGUCUCAGCGGCCGAGGGCGGCCAGAUGCAGCCGCUGCAGGACAAGGAGGAGGACAUUGACAUCGACCUGAGCGACCCGCGCACGGAGGAGGCGGCCACCAGGAUCCAGGCGGUGUUCCGCGGGCACAAGGUGCGCGCCGCUCAGUCCGGCAGCAGCAGCUGUCCCGCCAUGAAGAGCGGCGACCAAGCGGCGGCCGAGUCCGCCUCCUCGCAGCUCGAGCAGGACUUCAACCCCAACGACCAAGAGCUGUGCCACGCCGCCACCAAGAUCCAGGCCUCGUUCCGCGGCCACAUGGCCAGGAAGCAGGGCGGCAAGGGCGAGCCCGAGGACGAGCUCAGCAAGCAGCUGCAGAAGCUCGACGCCAAGGAGGAUGAGGAGCUAGACAUUGAUCUGUCCGACCCCGAUCUUCACAAAGCUGCCACCAAGAUCCAAGCCUCCUUCCGCGGUCACAAGGUGCGCAAAGAAGUGGACGGCCAGUGAAGCGGCUAGCUGGUUCCUCACACGUUAUCACCACACCCGGACACCAGACGCGAUGCUUGAACUACCACCAGAUGAUCCUCCUCUUAGAAAUUAGUCUCUGAUCGAAAGGUUGCAAGUUUUGGUGCUGUAAGGCAUUUCUUCUUUUCAUGAUUUUUAAGUACCGGUACUCUGCGGAUGCAAAUUCUUUUUUUUUUUUUUUUGUUUUGUUAAGAAAAUGUGACCAUAAUUUUUAACCAUUUGUGAUGAAGUAGUGAACAAAACAGCAUGAUGUUUUGCGACAAGCAUGAGUUACCCUGCACUUGUACCUCUACAGCGAACCUGCCUGUUUUCACGUCGCAACGACAUUGAUCACUGCGCGCUGUGGGCAUGACUAUCUUCGCUGGGUAGAAUAAAUAAUAGUAGUACCUGUCAACAGAUAGUUGCUGCUACGCCAGCAACAGUAGUGGCACUAGAAUUAUUUGCAAUGGUUCAAACAUCGGGUUUGAAUUCCGUCCGCCCACAUAAUACGUUGAACCUUUGUAAAAAAAAAAACAGCCAUUUAUAAAUAUGUGUUAGUUGGAAAUGGCAUGAGUGAGAGUUCUGAAGAUAGAAAUUAAUUUUAAUUUGUACCAAACAUUUCACUGGAAUAAUUGUAGUUUUACAGUAUGUUAAAAUGGUUUCAUAAAUAAUAAUAAAACUAGUAAUAGGCUUCAGUGGUUUCUCCAUUACAAAGAAAUCAGUAAAUACAA